AUGGAGUCCUCCGAUGUUGCAGAUCGCCCGGAGGAUGAUAAGCUGAAAAAGCUCGCCGAGAUCGCCGCCGACAUUUUCAGAGGUCUUUCGCCUACUCCAGAAGUAACAAAAGAUCGAAGCAUCGAUACGAGCCAGAGUUCAGGUCUAUAUACACCACUUCAAGAAGGCCAAAUCCGACUCAUUUCGAUAAUCCCAUCAGUCGAUUUCGAAGCCCCACUGAUAUGCACGCUGCGCCCAGUAUCGUUGACUCAAGCGCGAUAUUCAGCGAUCUCCUACGUUUGGGGUGAUUCGAGCAACCCUGAAGAAGCAUCAAUAAAUGGACAUAUCGUGCUAUUGCAACAUAAUCUCGCAUCUGCUUUGAGGCAUAUACGUGCAACGGGUGCGUCGGAAGUUUGCAGUGCCUUAUGGGCCGAUGCGAUCUGCAUCAAUCAGCACGAUAUACCAGAAAAGAAUCAACAAGUCGGUAUGAUGGACCGGAUCAUCCAAGAAGUCGUCCUAUCGAAGGAACUUAUCUUCAUGUCUGGCGAACAAGUUAUUACUGCACGUCAAUUGCGGAAAGUCCACGAAACCUUGAAAAGCAUUGAGAAACCACCGCUCGAUUUCUUGAGCCAGCUCACCGAACGAUGGCCGAAUUUCGGCUGGUUACUGCUGGAUAACUUACUCUCGUUGAAGAAUUUGAUGAUGCGUGGCUUCACUGACGGCCACAAUACGAUUAAUAUUUUCAGCGGUCUACUUUUGGUGACCGCAAGGAACCGCGUUUCGAAUCCAAGAGAUAAGGUUUAUGCCCUUCUCGGAAUGACAGGUCUUCAGGAUACUAUAAGACCUGAUUACUCGAUACCCGUUACGUCAUUGUACAUCUCCACUUGCGAUCUGUUGCUCAAAAAUAAAGCUGAUUUAAGCUUUCUGGCUAUGGGAAGGUUAUCUACCCUCGACCACAACCUCGCUGUAGAUUCACAAAUGCCUUCUUGGUUGCCAAAUUUUCAUGCGGUCAGUCAGUGUACUGACAAGCUCCCGAGCCUCAGACAAUUCGUCGGACGCGCCUACGAGGCUGCAACUUCUCUCAGUGGUGAACCGCAGAUUUUGGCGUCCUCUUCCGGAUCAUACCUAGCCGUUGAUGGUUAUGUUAUUGACACUGUUGAGGCGGUACUUACUGCCACUGGGCAUAGCCCUAUUCAAGAUAUCAUGGAGCACGUGCUGUUCAUCUGUGACAGUCUGAAAGAGUCUGUGUUUCCCGUACUUCAAGCUGCUUGCCGCACUUUGACGGGUGAUUUUGAUACGAUGGGAUCCUCUCGCAUUCGCAAGCUCGAUGACAAGGCCUAUAUCGCUCUAGGCGUAACUUUCCUCCGCAUGCUCGAGGUUUGGUACGAACAGUAUUCAGAUAAUGACGAACGUACAGUGACUAUGGAACAUCGGCAAAAGUUUAUUGCCUACUUCAAUUCUCUGUGUCCGGACCCCUCGCAUAGCGAAAACCUGACAGAAGUGGUCCGCGAGCAUUUUCUAGGCAGCGCAUCAGAACUCGGACAUUGGACCUCGGAGCGGAUAUGUAGGGUUUUUUAUAAGUUACCAGACAUGUAUUCUCGGUCUUCUCAAGCGUUCCAGAUGAUCAAUUUUGUAUGGUCCACCAUGCAGGCGCGUAGCACGAUACGCAGCUCCAAGGGUCACUUCGGAAAUGCUCCUCUUGACACAAAGGUCGGCGAUCAGAUAUGUAUAUUCAAAGGUUGCAGAUUUCCCGUUAUACUGAGGAAGCAGCCGCAGUAUGUUUACGUUGGACCUUGUUUCCUGUUAGGCUUUAUGGAUGGCGAGAUUGUAGACAUGGCAGAGAGAGGAGAGGUCCAGGAGGAACGCUUCGAAAUCUUUUGA